AAUCCCGAGUGUAAUCCAAACCUCAUCGGGAGUCCAGGAUACAACGCCGUGAAGAUCCCAGAUACAGGUCACUGUUCGACUAUGAGGAAUCGUUGAAUGAGUCUUUGUAUAUCAAUAUGUAAUGAAGGUUGUUAAGAUUGUUGAAGAAACUUACUGUAACUGGCACUCACGUGUGCUGAGUCGGUAUGGUAAGGCCAUACCAUCAAUACAUUACAACCAAGAAGAACAAUCAUGAGCAUUGCGAGUAUAUUGUAGGCUUACUCAGUGCUCCGUAGCUACUACGGCCAUUACUACUGCCACAGCUCCUUCAAUCACCAUGUUUCGUCCCUCACAAAUAGCUCGUCAUACUAACCCCCUCACACUCAUCUCGACUUCCAAUCUCUUUCGGCGGUCAUUCUCUCUCUCCGCCCUCUCUCUGGCCGACAAGCCACUCCCUCCUCGCCUAAAGUUCCAAGAUGCCGACUUGACGAUAUCUUACCUGAAGGGCACCGGUCCCGGUGGUCAAAAAAUUAACAAAACCAAUUCCGCCGUCCAAAUUAUUCACAAGCCCACUGGCAUAGUCGUCAAGUCGCAAGCUACCCGGUCGAGGUCGCAAAACGAGAAAUAUGCUCGUCACAUCCUAGGGGAUAAGGUCGAGGAGCUUCUGAAUGGGGACAAGAGUCGUGCCGCCAUCAAGGCCGACCGCGCGCGAAAGAAGAAGGCAAGUAAGGUGAAGAAGGCUCGGCGCAAAUAUCGGGAGCUGGAGAAGGGCCAGGAAGGAGCAACGGAAGAGGUCGAGGGGGUGGAGAAAUCUCACGAUGAGGAAGACGACGCGAGCAAUACUGACUCUCAUCGUCAUGAAGAAGACAAAGCCAACGAGCUCUCAGAAGCACAAGAGCCUGAGCAGAAGAGAUAAACAAGCUUAUGAACUAUCAUUUCCUCGAGAGUUACAGCAGGUACUGCAGCUUUUCGUUGUCUCCAUCAACCAGUUCCAGAUGACGCGCUUUGAAACGGCGUAUUUAUCGAGAUGAAUACGCGCCGUACGCGCCGUUGCACAUACAGAUUGAAUUACAUAUAACCAUUAUAGCAGAUUAAAAAUGUUCAUUUAUAGUUCAUCAGGAC